AUGGGCCAACUGGCCCAAUACAUAAAAGGGCCUAAUACCCAAAAACCAACAAAUUCGCCUCCCGCUAUUUUCCAUUCUGCAAAAAACAAUUCACAUCCCCAAACCCUCCCUGUAGCAAACACUGAAGAUUUGAAAAUUUUGAAAUUGAUAAGCAAGGGCCACGAGAAGAUGAUGGAAGAACACAUCGAGAAGUUGAGAGGUGUGGUCAGAGAUUGCGUUAGCAAGCAUCUAUAUUCGUCGGCGAUCUUCUUCGCCGACAAGGUCGCCGCCUUCACCUCCGAUCCCGCUGAUAUUUACAUGCAAGCACAAGCCCUAUUUCUCGGUCGUCAUUACCGCCGUGCUUUCCACCUGCUCAAUGCUUCUCAGAUUGUUCUCCGUGAUCUUCGUUUCCGUUAUCUGGCGGCCAAAUGCCUCGAGGAACUAAAGGAGUGGGAUCAGUGUUUGCUGAUGCUUGGAGAAGCUAAGGUGGACGAACAUGGGAAUUUCAGUGAUACCAAGGAUUCUAAUGUCAUGUAUUUGGAUAAAGAUAGUGAAGAUCGAGAAAUUAAUAUAUCAUCAGCAAUUUGUUUUCUUAGAGGCAAGGCUUAUGAAGCUUUGGAGAAUCGCUCUCAAGCUCGACAAUGGUACAAGGCUGCAAUUAGAGCAGAUCCUUUAUGCUAUGAGGCAAUUGAAUGUCUUAUUGAAAACCACAUGCUAACAUGUGAAGAAGAGAAAAGUCUUCUUUCAUCUCUACAGUUUGCUCAAGAAGAUGGCUGGCUUUCUUCAUUCUAUUCAUGUCUGAUAAAAAAAUACGAUAAAGCAAGUAUUGUGGAAGAAAAAUUCAAUGAACUGGAGAAAGAUGACACAUCAAAUCAAUCCUUGACUUGUACACUAAAAAACAACACAGAUCUUUUAGCAUGUAAAGCUGAAUAUUAUCAUCAAUGUGGCGAAUAUCAGAAAUGCUUUGAAUUGACUUCAGUAUUACUUGAAAAGGAUCCAUUCCAUCUUAAAAGCACAAUGGUUCAUAUAGCAGCAGCUAUGGAGCUUGGACAUUCAAAUGAACUUUAUCUCAUGGCUUGCAACUUAGUCAAGGACUACCCUCAAAAGGCGAUAUCAUGGUUUGCUGUUGGCUGUUACUAUUAUUGUAUCAAGAAGUAUGAUCAAUCACGCCGUUAUUUCAGCAAGGCAACUAGCUUAGAAGGAACAUUUGCCCCUGGUUGGAUCGGAUAUGGGAAUGCUUAUGCAGCCAAAGAAGAAGGUGAUCAAGCUAUGUCUGGUUAUCGAACUGCUGCGCGUUUAUUUCCUGGGUGUCAUUUACCUACUUUAUAUAUUGGAAUGGAGUACAUGCGAACCCACAGCUUCAAACUCGCUGAUCAGUUUUUCAUGCAAGCAAAGGCAAUAUGUCCUUCGGAUCCACUUGUGUAUAAUGAGCUUGGAGUUGUUGCUUAUCAUAUGAAAGAGUAUAAAAAGGCGGAAUGGUGGUUUAAAAAGACUUUGGCUCAUAUACCAUCACCAUUAAGUGAAAUGUGGGAAUCAACUGUGGUUAAUCUUGCUCAUACUUUAAGAAAACUCAAGUUGUAUAGUGAAGCAAUUACAUAUUACGAAAAGGCCCUUGCACUAUCUACAAGAAGCUUAAGCACGUAUGCUGGUUUAGCAUACACAUACCAUCUGAGGGGUAAUUAUACGGAUGCAAUUACGUAUUAUCACAAGGCAUUAUGGAUUAACCCGGAUGAUCAGUUUUGCACAGAAAUGUUGACAGUGGCUCUUGUUGAUGAAAGUCGUCAAGGAGUGGUGGUGGCUAGAUUCACAGAAGCGUGUGAAGAAAUCCUUUCCAUAUUUGUCAAUUCACUAUUGAUGAAACGUGUUUCACAAUCAGAUUACAUCUAA